AUGGGGACAUUGAUAACGGAGCAGGCAUCGAAGCUUCUGGACUUCAGUCAAGAACAACUCGACGUUCCGCUGCUGGACAGCGUCGUGUCCACCAUGUAUCAUGGGAGUGGACAACAGCAAAGAACUGCCGAAGAGAUUCUAAAUCAGUUGAAAGAGCAUCCUGAUUCAUGGACUCGCGUAGACGCCAUUCUUCAAUAUUCAAACAACAGUCAGACAAAAUACUAUGCCCUUCAGAUUCUGGAAACGCUGAUUAAGACUCGUUGGAAGACGCUGACGCGAGACCAAUGCGAAGGAAUUAAAAACUAUGUUGUCAGUUUGGUGAUCGACUUGUCGUCUCAGCCUCGAAGUUUGGAUGACAAUGAUAGAUUGUAUUUGAACAAGCUGAAUAUCGUUUUAGUUCAGAUCGUCAAGCGCGAGUGGCCGAUGAACUGGCCAAACUUCAUCACAGAAAUCGUCGGCGCCAGUCGAUCGAACGAAGCGUUGUGCCAGAAUAACAUGAAUAUUUUGAAACUUCUCAGUGAAGAAGUUUUCGACUUUUCGACCGGUCAGAUGACACAAGCUCAGGCGAACCAUCGAAAGCAGCAGUUCUGUGGUGAUUUUCAAGCGGUAUUUCAGCUCUGUCAGUAUAUCUUGGAAAGUUCUCCGAACGUACAAUUGGUCCUGUCGACGUUGACCACGCUACUGCGGUUUUUGAAUUGGAUUCCGGUUGGCUAUAUAUUCGAGACGAAUCUCAUAGAGAUGUUGACUACAAAGUUCUUGACAUUGCGUGUGUUUCAAAACGUCUCGUUGAAAUGCCUGACGGAAAUUGCUUCUGUCAGUGCAUCGUCGACGGUGCCGCAGACUUACGAAGAACGAAUGCUUCAGAUGUUCUUGGCGACUAUGGAGCAACUGAAGAAGAUUCUUCCUCCUGACCUAAAUAUAUGUGCUGCAUAUCGUGUUGGCAACGAUGUUGAGCAAAAGUUCAUCGCUAAUCUGGCGAUAUUUUUGUCAACUUUCCUGAAAGAACAUGGCAAACUAGUCGAGGUUCUUCCUGACAGUACAGUGACCGAAGACUCAGUAACCGGAAAAAUAGCCAAGGCUCACAAUGUGUACUGGAACUGGUUGGCGGCAGAGCUUUACCGGGAAAGUCCGUUUUUGGCAAAUUAUUCGAUGGGUGUCGCAGUAGGCGGUUUUGGCAUCACCGCCGCCGAUAUUCCUCUGCGUAUCAAACUUUACAAUGACCACCUCACCAGCCUGCGAUAUAUCAUAAUUGGGCGCAUGGCUAAACCGGAAGAGGUUCUGGUGAUACAAAACGACCAGGGCGAAGUGGUUCGCGAAACGAUCAAAGAUACUGAUGCGAUCAACCUCUACAAGACGAUGCGCGAGACGCUGGUUUAUCUAACUCACCUCGGCUACGUAGAUACUGAGAGGAUAAUGACCGAGAAAUUGCAGAACCAGGUUAAUGGAACCGAAUGGUCAUGGAAAAACCUUAACACCCUUUGUUGGGCAAUCGGCUCGAUAAGCGGUGCACUGAUGGAAGAAGAUGAAAAGCAAUUCCUAGUAAUGGUGAUUCGAGACCUGUUGGGUCUGUGUGAGCAAAAACGGGGCAAAGACAACAAAGCCGUGAUCGCGUCAAAUAUUAUGUACGUUGUCGGCCAGUACCCGCGUUUUCUUCGGGCUCACUGGAAAUUCUUGAAGACGGUCGUCAACAAGCUGUUCGAGUUUAUGCACGAAACCCAUGAAGGCGUUCAAGAUAUGGCUUGUGAGACGUUUAUAAAAAUCGCACACAAAUGCCGCAAGCACUUUGUCAUCAUCCAAGCCUGUGAAAAUCAACCAUUCAUCGAAGAAAUACUGUUAAACCUGAGUUCAGUGAUUUGUGACUUAUCGCCACCUCAGGUGCACAUCUUCUACGAGGCGAUGGGCUAUCUGGUUAGCGCCCAGCAGGAUGCUGAAAUUCAAAAACACCUGCUCGAAGAAUUGAUGUCGCUGCCCAACACCCUUUGGGAUCAAAUAGUCGCUCACGCUUCACAGGAUAUGGAGGUUCUUCAACAAGCUGAUAUUGUACGAAAUUUGGUCAAUAUUUUGAAAACAAAUGUCGCCGCCUGCAAAUCGAUUGGCAAUCCGUUUUCCAACCAGCUCAUAAGAAUUUAUCUUGAUAUGCUAAACGUCUAUACGGCGACGUCGAGCAAUAUAAAUGGUGCUAUUUCUUUGCACGGCGAGGAUAUAGUCAGUCAGCCUCUGAUCAAAUACAUGAGAGGCGUGAAGACCGAGAUUUUGCGACUGAUAUCGACGUGGGUAGCCAAAGCCGAAAACGUGGAACUGGUGUACCGUCAUUUUGUACCUCCACUGUUCGAAGCCGUACUCUUGGACUAUCAAAGCAAUGUGCCUCCUGCCCGAGAGCCAGAAGUGCUAUCAACGAUUACAACAAUCAUCAACAAGUUGGAAAAGCUUAUUACUCCAGAAAUUCCCCGUAUUUUUGAUGCGAUCUUCGAGUGCACGCUGAACAUGAUAAACAAAGAUUUCCAAGAAUUCCCUGAGCACCGGACGAAUUUCUUCCUUUUCCUGCAGGCUGUGAACGAGUGCUGCUUCCAAGCGUUUUUGAACAUCCCUCCUGCGCAGUUCAAGUUGAUCAUCGAUUCUAUCAUAUGGGGAUUCAAGCACAGCAUGCGCAACGUCGCGGAAAGCGGUUUGCUGAUUCUUCUGAAACUGUUGGACAAUAUGGUAAACAAAACUGACCCAGAAACGGCGCAAAAUUUCUACAGGGUCUACUUUCUCGACCUGCUGCAACACGUGUUCACUGUGGUGACCGAUAGCUCUCAGGCACAAGUCGCCGGCCUCUCAUAUUUCGCUUCCAUUCUUUCAUACAUGUUCCGCAUGGUCGAAGCGGGCACUGUCGUUGUCUUCCUUGGUGAUCCCUCGGCCAGCAACAAAAACAACAUCGACUUUCUGUUUCAUUACGUGUGCAACUUCCUGAAGACAGCAUUUCCGCAUCUCACUGAGUUAGUACUUCGAUUAUUUUUAAAAUUUAUUAUUUUGUGUCAGAUAUGUAUUGAUCUGCGAGACUCGAACCCCCACAGCUUCUUCUUGAGCAAAGCUGACUUGGUUUCCCUUGGUUGCUUGAUUCCGUUUGUCUAA